AUGGGACCCGCCUUGGAUUCUGCCUCGACAGGAGAGCCUGAUACCAGUUUUGAGGCUCUACCCCCCUCUGGGUCCUCUGAUGUCAGUAUGGAUCAACUAGCACUCUUGCCUGUCUCAACCAUGCCCUCUCUCAUCACAGCCUUACCAACCGAUGCUGUCGUCCGUGUAUUAAAAAGCCUCGAACACGUCAAGCUCGAAGCUGAAACGAUUGUGCAAAAGUUCGAACAAGAUGCAGAAUACAGCGGAAAUCAGUUCUUGGUGCUCCUAAAGUUACACCCGCAAAUGGCGGAACGACUCUUCAAUGACCAUCAUUGCCUCGAGGGGAUCGACUACCGCUUCGAGUUCGAAGACGACACUGGUGUUUUGCGUUUGGUGCCCGGAUACCAACACGAGUACACAACGAACGGCUUGUUUCAAAAAAUCAAUCGACAACUCGAUUGUAUGGGAUUGGACGAAUGUUACCGUUGGGGCGGAGCGACAAGAUACAGAUCCACAGGACGCGGCAAGGAGGGUGAUCAAGUUUUUAGCCCUGCCCAACGUUGGCCAUCCGGCAAUGGAUUAAGCUGGCCAACCGUGGUCAUUGAGACGGGGUUCUCAGAAUCACGACCAAAGCUCGUUCAAGACGCUAGAUGGUGGUUUGGUUCUUCAAAUGGCCAAGUACAGAUUGUGAUUCUUAUCUCCAUUACCAAGCACGCUGUACACAUCGAAAGAUGGCAGCUUGCUCCCCCUGAUGCCCCAAAUCCAUUGACUCGAUCAUAUAUCAAUGCCUUGCGGAACGAUCCUAUCAAUGUCCCACCCUCCACCCCACAGUCACUAAAUGUCCAACAACCAUAUUCUUGCGCGGAGAUUGACGUCACUGCCAACAAUGUCGUUGGCGCCCCCUCUUAUCAUACCAUUUUGUGCACUCUUCGACGUCCCCUCCCGUCCACGCAACAUGCAUGA